AUGGAGAAAGCAAAGGCAAAUUCUUCUACGGAGGAUCAACCGCGAAGAUCAAUAGAGGUUUUUGAACCUCGUAAUGAUAAUAUUGCAAGUGAUGGCACUGGAUCAAUAGAGGUCCAAGUGGUGGAAGAGGGAUGCGGAGCAUCUGCAACUAUUAAUACUACUUCUGGUCGUAGCACGGAGUCCGCGAACAAGUGGAUGGCAUUUGAAAGAAAAUCCAAAAUCGCUGAUGAUCAUGAUGAUGCCAUAACAGAUGAAUUGAAUGUGACUGAGACGAGUUCUACUGUCAAGGCUGGAAAAGAUGAGGGCACCUCAUCUAAUCAUAAUAAUUCUACUGCUAACGGACAAUCCUCCUCCUACUCUACAAACAAGAUACUAACUGAAUCUAGCAUUGCAGGAAGGACUGCAGAAUGGGGACUAGUUGUGAGGUCAGAUGUGGGAGAAGGUAGUUUCAAAGCUAAAGCAAUUAGAUCAGAUCAACAGGAAAACGGAGAUAGAAGCAAAAAAAACUCAUUUGUGGUGGAGUCGACGAGAACAUCAGAGGAAGGCGAAGCAGGAGGAGCCUUGCCAAGGGCAUCACAAGAGUUGAAGGAUGCACUGUCAACGUUGCAGCAAACGUUUGUCGUCUCUGAUGCCACCAAACCAAACUGCCCUAUCAUGUAUGCAAGCAGUGGUUUUUUUACUAUGACAGGCUAUUCUUCAAAGGAAGUUAUUGGAAGGAACUGUCGGUUUCUGCAGGGAGCAGAUACUGAUCCGAAUGAAGUGGCUAAGAUACGAGAUGCAGUUAAGAAUGGAACAAGUUACUGCGGAAGGCUUCUUAAUUACAAGAAAAAUGGCACUCCUUUCUGGAAUCUUCUCACAGUCACCCCUAUCAAGGAUGAUCGUGGCAAAACUAUUAAAUUCAUCGGAAUGCAGGUGGAGGUCAGCAAAUAUACGGAAGGUGUUAACGACAAGGCUUUGCGCCCAAAUGGAUUGCCCAAGUCUUUAAUCCGCUACGAUGCUCGUCAGAAGGCUAAGGCUUUAGAUUCCCUUACUGAAGUUGUCCAAACUCUCAAGCAUCCCAAAUCUCACUCUCGCACUGUGAGCCACGACGUUUCUGACCAUCUUGAUUACUUUCUCCCUAAAUCCGCUGCUUUUGACAAUGUCACCGCACCUGGUAGACUCACUCCAAUUAACGUCUCUCAAUCUCCUACUACCUUUCCUGAAGCUGCCAAAAACUCAAGAAAAUCAUCUCGUAUUUCUUUGAUGGGGUUCAAAUCUAAGUCUUUAAGUUAUGCGGUGAAGCGUGAAGAACCACCAACUAUUUUACCUGAGGUUUUGAUGACUAAAGAUGUUAAACGCUCUGAAAGCUGGGACCGUUCGGAAUGGGAAAGGGAUAUACGCCAAGGAUUUGAUUUAGCUACCACAUUGGAACGCAUCGAAAAGAAUUUUGUGAUCACAGAUCCUAGGCUUCCUGAUAACCCUAUUAUAUUUGCUUCUGAUAGCUUUCUAGAACUAACAGAAUACACUCGAGAAGAAAUUUUGGGAAGAAACUGUCGAUUUCUUCAAGGACCUGAAACAGAUAAAUCAACUGUCUCAAAGAUAAGAGAUGCUAUCAGAGAACAAAGAGAAAUCACUGUUCAGUUGAUCAAUUACACCAAGAGUGGUAAGUAUGAUGCCCUUAAUCAAUCUAGAACAUUUGAUCAGUGGGCGCCCACGUUGUUACCAGAUAGUUUUCCCUUGGGUGAACUUCAAUACUUCAUCGGUGUUCAACUGGAUGGAAGUGAUCAUGUGGAACCCCUGCGAAACCGCCUCUCAGAGACAACAGAGCAACAAAGUGCUAAGUUGGUUAAAGCUACUGCAGAAAAUGUGGACGAUGCUAUUCGAGAACUUCCAGAUGCCAACUUGAAACCCGAAGAUCUGUGGGCAAUUCAUUCUCAACCUGUCUUUCCACGGCCUCACAAAAAGGAUAGUCCUUCUUGGAUUGCAAUACAGAAGAUCACUUCCCGUGGUGAAAAAAUUGGUCUACAUCAUUUCAAGCCCAUAAAACCCUUGGGCUGUGGCGAUACUGGCAGUGUGCAUUUAGUGGAGCUGCAAGGUGCAGGGGAGCUGUAUGCUAUGAAGGCAAUGGAAAAAUCUUUGAUGCUGAACCGUAACAAGGUUCAUCGAGCAUGCAUUGAGAGGGAAAUCGUUUCACUCUUGGAUCAUCCUUUUCUUCCAUCACUGUAUUCUUCUUUUCAGCCUGAAAAUAUUCUACUUCAGAAAGAUGGACAUGUUGUUUUGAGUGACUUUGAUUUGUCAUUCUUGACAUCCUGUAAACCACAGAUUAUAAAGCAUGCACCACCUAAUAAUAGAAGAAGAUCAAGGAGUCAACCACCACCAACAUUUGUCGCAGAACCAAUAACACAAUCAAAUUCUUUUGUUGGGACUGAAGAAUAUAUUGCUCCUGAAAUAAUCACAGGCAUGGGCCACAGCAGUGCAAUUGACUGGUGGGCUCUUGGUAUUUUGUUAUAUGAGAUGCUAUAUGGUCGUACGCCUUUCAGGGGAAAGAACAGGCAAAAGACAUUUGCUAACAUUUUGCACAAAGAUCUCACCUUCCCAAGUAGCAUCCCCGUUAGUCUUGCUGCCAGACAAUUGAUUAAUGCAUUGUUGAACAGAGACCCUGCCUUCCGAUUAGGAUCAAAAGCUGGUGCUAAUGAAAUCAAACAACAUCCUUUCUUCCGUGGAAUUAAUUGGCCUCUCAUACGCUGCAUGAAUCCACCGCCUUUGGAAGCGCCUCUGCAAUUAGUAGGAAAAGAUCCAAAGGCCAAGGAUGCUACAUGGGAAGAUGAUGGUGUGCUUCUUAGCAGAGGAGAUCAGGAAGGGAAGAUUACUAAAUUAUGGAUUCCAAGGGAGUUAUGUAAUGUCAAUGAUUAA